AUGGGCGCCACGCAGUCCCUGCCUAACGGCGAGGGCCGUUUCCGCGCGUAUAACAACCAGGAUGCUGUCGCAGCAAUGCUGAAGCACCACCAUGGACUUGCACUUGCUAAUACUCCGAGCAGCAGCCGCGCGGCGCAGUGCCCUAUCGCCCACGACGGCGGCGCACUGACCCAGGGCGACGGACUCAACCCCCUGAACAACAUGCCCGAACUGACCCAGGCGAGGGCUCCUUCGCAGAUGGUCGAGCUGUCCAAGGAGAGGACAGUAUCUUCCAUUCCCCGUGCGCCGAGUUCCGCCGCGCCGGGCGCCGCACCGUACGAUGCGCCCGCUCAGUGCCCGAUUCCCCACGAAGCGCGCGCUGCGGAGAAGCCCGCUGCGUGCCCUGUGAAGCAUGAUGGCGCCGAUGGUCAAGACCAGCCUGGGCACUGGGAGUACCCCUCGCCGCAGCAGUUCUACAAUGCGCUCGUGCGCAAAGGAUGGGAGACGCCCGAGGAGAGCAUCGACAUGAUGGUGCUCAUCCACAACUUCCUGAACGAGCGCGCAUGGCAAGAAGUCGUGGAGUGGGAGAAGCUCGCUGGAUCGGACGUCUCCAAGCUGCAACUAGCGCGUUUCCAGGGCCGGCCAGGCACGCUCAGCCCUCGUGCCCGCAUCUUUAGCUGGCUCGGCUGGGCGAUGCCGGACAAGUUCUCGGCGGAGCCGCCGUUUGACCGCCACGACUGGAUUGUGCGUCGUGCGCCUACGGAGGCCAACCCUACGGGCGAGGAAGUGCGCUACGUAAUUGACUAUUACUCCACGCCCGACGACACGGAAGAAGACGAGGCGAGUUUCAACCUCGACGUGCGCCCCGCGAUGGACUCGCUCGAGGCGUUCCGCACGCGCUGGAAAAAGACGUGCGAGGAGUACCACUCGGGUGAACUUCUUGCGCCUUUCCGCACCCCCGACGAAAACGCAGAGGCUGCGCGGGCGGACGCGGACGCCGCCGCGGCAGCUGCUGCCGCUGCCCAGGCCAAAUAG